UAAAUGUAGCGUAAGAAGAAAACGAGGGCAGAACUAUCUGUAUAAUCGUUUGUUCAUGCCGGAACUUCCUAAUCGACGGAACCGAGUUGAUGGCUUGGGAGUCGGAUUCGGUUUAAGUAAUUUCUGAGUAAUAUUUUCCCUCAUCGUUAGUCUCAAGAUUCCGUUAUUUACCGUGUAUGUAAUGAACGACGUUGUUUGUUGGUCGUUUGUAUAAAUAUAAAAUUUACGUUUUACAUUUCAAAGAACCGACAGUUUCCCAUCUCGGUGUGAUACCUGCUGGUAGUAUUUUAAUCGGUUAGUAACGUUUUUGUAAAGAUCUGGGUUGCACUUUGUUACAGUUAAGCACGCGAUUUUAAAUUCCGUAUUUUCCUCAGAAUUGCUUUUUGAAACUUUGGAAAAGUCAGAUCGGAAUUUUAUUAUUGUUUUUAAAAUUUGAUUCACUUUAAUGGAACCACAGUGCAAACGUAGAAAGGCAACGCAGGAUGAACCCGUGUCUUGGGAAGUUUUGCCAGUCCUUUCAGACGAGCAGUCCCAGGAUACGCAGUUGUUGGAUGCUUACGCUGCGCCCAUCAUUAACAAGAGAGAAACAUCUCGCCUCGUUAAGGAGCUGGCCACGAUUUAUCCCUUGACUGGUCUUCAGCACAUCAAACGAGUGAGAGCAUGUAAAGACAGUAGCACCCCACACCCUUUGGAGAUUAUUGUCUGUUUGGUAAGUGACUUACAAGAAAGCCACGGAGAGGUAUCCAUUUCAGAUUUAUCUUCUGGCAAAUUUGAUAGAAAUGGUUUGGGGGAGCUGUUCUUGGUGAAAAUACCAGCAUGUCCUCCACUUACACGGCCUCAGUUUGAACUGGCCAGCAAACACUGGCCGACUUCCUUCCAUGAAGAUAAGCAAGUCACUGUGGCUCUUAAGGGACAGCUGUUUACUGCUGACCAAAAAGCAAAAAUGCAGGAGUACAUGCUAACUGCUAUCACGGCAGCGAAAGCAGGACAGGCAGCAGGGAUGGAUUCUGUCGGCGCCGUCAUUGUUGAUCCACAAAUGGACAGAGUUCUAGCUGUGGGACAUGACUGCAGAGGAGGAUCGCACCCCUUGCAUCACGCUGUGAUGGUCUGCAUUGAUCUUGUGGCUCGUGGCCAGGGGGGUGGAGCUUAUGAGUACCAGUACCCCACCUGUCAGUUUUCUGCACCCAGUUCUUCACCCGGCUUGAGCAUCAGGUGCCCCGUUGGCCUGGAGGUUAAAGAUGAGGUGGAUGAAGCAAAACAAAGUGGACUUCCCUAUAUCUGCACAGGGUAUGAAGUGUAUGUCACCCGAGAGCCCUGUGUGAUGUGCGCCAUGGCGCUGGUGCACUCCAGGAUAAGCAGGGUGUUUUACGGAAGUGCUUCUGCCGAUGGGGCUUUAGGAACCAGAUACAAGAUCCACACGCAGAAGGAUCUGAACCACCAUUUUGAAGUUUUUAAAGGCGUUCUGCAACAGGAGUGUGACGAUCUCAACGGUAUAGCAUUUUAAAUGGACUAGUUUUUUUUAAUAUUCAGAUUUUAAAAAACAUGUUUUAUAUGUCUUGAUGGUUCUCCCCAUCUAUAUGUUAUUUUUAAAAUGCUUUGCAGCCAUAUCUGUGCAGGUACUUUGAAUUUCAGGGUUAAGUAUAAACAUGAAAAAUAUCUUAACAGUGUUUGAUGGAAUUGGGUGCUAAUUGGGAUGCAACUGUGGAAAAGAGAACAAAAACAUGACCAAAUUUCAACAAUAAAUUGUAACCAUUCCUAAAAACAUAAAUCAUUUGUUUUAAUGAAACACCAAA